CUAGUAAUAUUUCUCAGAAAAUGUUUAUUUCUCGACGAAAUAACAAAUUUAUUCAAUUUUAUUAUUAUUUUAAGAGUUAAAUAUCUUUCUCUCUCUAAAAAGAAAAAAAAAUCCACAGCUAUGUACUCAAUGAGAUUUUUAUUCAAGUUUAAUCUGAGGAGUUUUUCCAGUUUCCGUUUUUCACACAUCGGGAACCAGGAUUUUUUUUUGAAUCAAAUCUGUUUUAUUACCAAUUCAUCAGAAGAAUAUAUUUGGCGGCAAAAAUACUUGACUGAAAAGCUUGCUUGUGGAGAAACACAGUCUUUAGAUUUUCUCAAACGUAAUUAUAGGAUUGUGAAAAUGACACGAUCCAAGUUCAAAAGCCUUGUGGAUUUAUUUGCUGAUCAUUCAAUCAGUGGCCAUGAUGUUCUCACAUAUCCUGACAUCUUUAAACGUAAAUAUGAAACUGUUAAAUCAAGGAUUGAAAGCUUGAAGUUUAACACCGAUCAAAAGCACAUCCGUCUUUGGAUGAUUAACGUCACAAAUAAAGACUUUAACCACCGGUAUGAUACCUAUUUGAAGGAUACACACGCACGACAGGAGCACCAGGACAAAUGCAGCCUUCUUGUCAACUAUUUGGAUUGUUCAGAAGCUGAAAUCAAAAGGAUUUUAGAGAACUCAGAUUGGUUGGAAAAAUCUAAAUUGUCAACAAUACAGAAGAAAUUGGAACACUCAUUAGGCAUUGAAGAAGAACUAAAGUCAAUUAUUCCACAGAAGAUUUGGUUAUUAGCAUAUUCAGCUGAAGAUAUUGAAGAGAAACUAACAGCAUUAAAGAAACAUAAAAUUCCUUCUUUUCUCUGGAGACAUUGUUUAUCUCGAAUAAUGAAGGCUGAAAAUGAGGAAUUUGAUUUAAUGGUUAAAUCCUUGGCUGAGAGGGCAUCAAUCUAUGGAGAUUGCCAGAGUACCAAAGAAUAUCUCUGUAAACGCCUUGGUUGUAGUGGUAGCACUGUUGACACUAUGGUAAAGAAAUACCCACAUCUGUUGUCUGUGAAAAUACGAAAAAUACAAUACAUUUUAGACUUCUUGCAAGAUGAGUGUGGCUUUUCUGCUGAGGAGAUCAUUAAUUAUUCACGUGUGUUUAAAUUCAGUAAAGAAACAAUAAAACUCAGAUAUUUCGAAUUAAGAGAAUUUGGUAACGAUAUCCCUUCGCUUCUCUACAUAACAAAAGAUGGUAAAAAGUAUACAGAACUCAUUGAAAAACUCAAUAAAACUAUAAUAUAACAUUGUAA